AUGGCAGAAUAUUCAACGUAUGAUAUUUUUUCAUUGAUUUUUGCAUUUUUCUUACCACCAGUUGGUGUAUUUAUGAAAAGAGGUUUGGCGGCUGAUUUUUGGAUUAAUAUUGGUUUGACUAUUCUUGGAUUCUUACCGGGUGUAAUUCAUGCAUUCUAUGUCAUAUAUCAUUUUCGUCAUGAUACCGUACCGUAA